CAGCUCAGGACGUUACAUUCCAAGUUGGCGGUUAACAUGACAAGACAAAAAAUGGAUUCCUGGCUCCAUAUAAUGCUGAUAUGCGGACCUCUAUUAGUGUCUCUUGGGGUGACCGACGGAUUCCACCAUCAACGUUUUAAAUAUGACAACGAAUUACUGAAUGCAAAUAUCUCCAAGCUGCAAUUGCAUUAUAACACAAAUGGCGCAGAAUGGGUCGGGAGGUCCGUUUUUGCACAGUUUCUGCAACAGUGGAGUUCCAAGGGCUCCUGCACCUGUCAGUCAAUGAUGCUAGAGGGAAUGUUGAAAAUCUACGAAGAAGUCUUCAGAGACAUGAAGAACAAGUCUGAGAAAAAAGAAGUGAAAGACAGAGUGGAAGGCAUAAUGACCGAGGUCAAGAAUCUGAGACAUAAAUACAGCGAGGAAAAUAAGCUUUUGAGAGAUCUCCAGGACAUUCAUUUGAUCAAGGUGAAAAAUGGCACAGUCCAAGGAGCGCUGCUCAAUGAAUUUCUCAUGGUGUUUAAUAAAGCCAACAACGUAAAACAUUGAGGAAACUGGAAAUCCACCUUAAAUUACCAAAUACCUGUCUGAACUUGUUGUAUACUAGUGGCUUGCUAUUGUAUUAUUUAUUAUUUAUUAGUUAUAUUAAUUUAUUUUUGUUUUAUCAUGUACCUACAGUAACUACAACUCCG